UUCCGCGUUGCGGCGCAUUUAAGUCCCGCAGCGCGUCCUCCGCGACUCUCACACCGCAGGAGACCAUGUCCGACCGAGGGGGCUUCGACACCAACGUGGUCACCGUGACCCGCUUCGUGAUGGAGGAGGGUCGGCGGGCCAAAGGCACCGGGGAGCUGACCACGCUGCUCAACUCGCUGUGCACGGCCGUCAAGGCCAUCUCCAGCGCCGUGCGCAAGGCUGGCAUCGCCCACCUCUACGGCAUCGCGGGGAACACCAACGUGACGGGGGACCAGGUGAAGAAGCUGGACAUCCUGUCCAACGACCUGGUCAUCAACAUGAUCGAGUCGUCGUUCACCUCCUGCGUGCUCGUGUCUGAGGAGAACGCCAACGUCAUCAUCGUGGAGCCAGAGAAGCGGGGUAAAUACAUUGUGUGCUUCGACCCUCUGGACGGAUCCUCCAACAUCGAUUGUCUUGUUUCCAUCGGAACAAUCUUUGCUAUUUACAAGAAGAACAACGACGACGACCCCUGCGAGGAAGACGCUCUGCAGCCGGGCAGGAACCUGGUGGCGGCGGGCUACGCCCUCUACGGCAGCGCGACCAUGAUCGUGCUCUCCACGGGCCAGGGAGUCAACUGCUUCAUGCUGGACCCUGCGAUUGGUGAAUUCAUCCUGGUGGAGCGUGACGUGAGAAUCAAGAAACGAGGCAAUAUUUACAGCUUGAAUGAAGGUUACGCCAAUCUUUUCGACCCCGCCGUGACGGAGUACCUGCAGAAGAAGAAGUUCCCUCAGGACGGCAGCGAACCCUACGGAGCGCGCUACAUCGGCUCCAUGGUGGCAGACGUCCACCGAACCCUCAUGUACGGAGGAAUCUUUCUGUAUCCCGGGAACGUGAAGAGCCCCAAAGGAAAGCUGCGGCUGCUGUACGAAUGCAACCCCAUGGCCUUCAUCAUGGAGCAGGCGGGCGGCAUGGCCUCCACCGGCUUCGAGAACAUCCUGGACAUCCAGCCUGAGAACAUCCACCAGCGCGCUCCGGUGGCGAUGGGCUCCCCCGAAGAUGUGCUGGAGUACAUCUCCAUCUGCAAGAAACACGCCAAGAAGUGACUCCUGGGGUCGUCCCGCCUCCAGCAGAAGAACCGCCCUUAGCCGGAUCUUCUUCAGAGGUUCUGCUUAAAAAUGUAGAAAUUUCGUCAUUGACAAUUACACAUUUCUGUUUUUUAGAAAGCUGACAGAAGGAUUUUUGAGUGAAAAUAUUUAGUUCAUAAGCUCAGAAACGCACCAGAAACAUACCAAAGAAGAAUGUGCCAAAACGUAUGAAACGCGUACUUGAAGAGGCGCAACAUGAAGGGUUUUCUCCUCCGUUUACUGACAGAUGUGCCUUAAUUUACACACGUGUGGCAAUAAGCAAACACAUCUUCACAAUCAAACAGGAUUAUUUAACUGUAACGUGUUGACUGGAGUUAUAAUAAAAUCAAAUCUGUGAAGAUGAAA